UCUGACAUCACAUUUCGCAAAAUGGCGACGUCCCUCGGCUCUAACACAUACAAUAGACAGAACUGGGAAGACGCGGAUUUCCCAAUUCUGUGUCAGACAUGUUUAGGAGAAAACCCUUACAUCCGUAUGACCAAAGAGAAGUAUGGGAAAGAAUGCAAGAUCUGUGCUCGGCCUUUCACGGUGUUCCGCUGGUGUCCAGGGACGCGGAUGCGGUUCAAGAAAACUGAGGUCUGUCAGACUUGCAGUAAAAUGAAGAACGUUUGUCAGACAUGUCUGCUGGACCUGGAGUACGGUUUGCCCAUCCAGGUUCGAGACACGGGCCUUGCCAUUAAAGAUGACAUUCCUCGGUCGGAUGUGAAUAAAGAGUACUACACACAGAACAUGGAGAGAGAGCUAGCUAUUUCGGAAGGCACAAGGCCGGGCGGCCAGGUUGGCAAGGCAACCAGCUCUAGUGACAUGCUGUUGAAACUGGCCCGGACCACGCCGUACUACAAGAGGAACCGUCCGCAUAUCUGCUCGUUCUGGGUGAAGGGAGAGUGUAGGAGAGGGGAGGAGUGUCCCUACAGGCAUGAGAAGCCCACAGAUCCCGAUGACCCACUCGCAGAUCAGAACAUCAAGGACCGUUAUUAUGGUAUCAACGAUCCAGUGGCUGACAAGCUGCUGAAGCGGGCCUCUGCCAUGCCCAGGCUGGACCCGCCAGAUGACAAGUCCAUCACCACCCUGUACAUUGGGGGCCUGGGUGAAACUGUCACAGAUGGAGACCUCAAGGGUUUCUUCUACCAGUUUGGUGAGAUCCGUACCAUUACAAUAGUGCAAAGGCAGCAGUGUGCCUUCAUCCAGUUUGCCACACGGCAGGCUGCAGAAAUGGCUGCAGAGAAGUCCUUCAACAAGCUUAUUGUUAACGGGCAGAGGCUCACUGUCAAAUGGGGAAGGUCUCAGGCGGCGAGAGGGAAGGAGGGCGAAGGUGUCAGUGAGAUGGGUACCAGACUUGAUCCUGUGCCAGGCCUACCAGGAGCACUACCUCCACCACCUCCGCUGGACGACGAGGCUCCAGCCAACUAUUUCAACUUGGACCCGAGCGCACCUCCAGCUGUCAUGAACCUUACACUGCCCCCACCUCCAGGCCUCAACCCUCCUCCUCCAGGUUUUGGCCCCCCAAUGUUUCACCCCAUGGGUCCCAUGGCUCCCCCUAUGCCGCCUCCACCUAUGAGCAUGAGGCCUCCAGGUCAAAUCCACUACCCCUCCCAGGACCCUCAGCGGAUGGGUGCCCAUGCUGCGCACGGUGCACGUCACGGUGAUUAGCUGCUAGGCUCAAACUCCAAACUGUGAUAGGUUGGUCCCCCCCGCACACCUGUUUUCAUCUGCCCGAGUGCCCUGAAACGUGCUGUAAUCUGGGUGGAAUUAGGGAAAUACAACAUGCAGGAUAUGAUCAAGAUUUAUUUUCUCACCUGCAGUGCUGCACAUGGACUGAAUCAGUGCAGUGUGUCAAGGCUUCUCACUUCUUUUUUUUUUUUUUUUAUAAACUUUUUCAAUAUUCAACAGCUUAACAACAUAGUUUAUUAAGAGGUUUUAUUUGAAUAUUUCUUUCUCCAAUUAAAAUGCUAGUCUACAAAGCCUCUGUGUAUAUAAAUAUACUAAAUGUGACAGAAAAAAUGUAGAGCUGAUCUGAUUGUCCUGCAAAUCCUGUGUCGUCCUGCACUCAACUGUGGAAAAUAACUCUUAAUUUCAUUAUCCUGCGUUUGCCUCAGCUGCUCCUGCUGCAACCGCUCAAUAUAGCAGAAAAACCUCAUUUACUGUGUUUUUGUCCUCCCCCUGUUGUGGCUGUUGGCUGAGUUGAGGGAUCGUAUUAGGGGAGCAUGACAGUCUCAGGCUAAUCAGUUCUUUUUCAUAGGUCAUUAGAUUCAGGGCAGUGAUGACCUCCCCAUCCCGUGGGCGCUCUGUUGAAAUUAGGCCGUUGACACAUGCGGUCCAGGGCGGCACCGGGUAGGGUCUGGGAUUCGAGGGCCUCGAAGCCAAUAAUGGGGAUCACUCUCUUGCUAGCCACUCCGCCUCCAAAAGGCAUGGCAGACCUGCAAGUCAAAAGUCAAGUGGAGUGUAUCACAAUACCAUUGGAUGGGAGUCAAUAUGUCCUCUGGAUAUCUUUUGAUUCAGACCCAUAGGGAAUCCAGGAUAACUCAACCUGUUUUACAUCACCAGCUGCUCUGUCCAUUAGGUGGAGGUUUCAUAAUUUCAUCAAAAUCUUGGGGGGUGUAAAUAGAUACCUCCUAGAGGGGGCUCAUUUUCAGACUGGCUGGCAGAAAACAAGUGAUGUCAUCCACUGAGAUGGAAUAAUCUUCCAAGACCUAAAUGUUGUCUCACCUGGGGAAUUAAUACUAAAAGUCUCAUCCACAAUUCUGUAAUAAUUGACAUUUUUGAAGCAGAGCUUUAUUUUUGCAUUGCACCCUUCAAGCAGAACUCUCCUGUUUAUUUGCGGAUUUGUGACUAGCAUUUUUGCAAUGUGUCUGUCAAAACAGUGCUCCUGUCAUAUAGAGGGUCUUUGGUUUGUUUUAAUUUCUGCUUUUAUGGCAGCAGUAUAUUGGUCAGGUAAAAAGUCCUUAAACUGUGUGAAAAUGUGGCCUCCAGAUCUGCCGUAUCUUGACUCAAAACAGUGAAAAUAAAUUUCUGUUUUUGCAUCUUU